AUGGUUUCACUUUACUAUCUGCCAACUGUACAACAAAACAUAACUUCAAUAUGGGAUUAGCUCUACUUUUCGUUUAAUCAGUCUAUACUAAACCUGUAAAAUGGUCAGUAAACUUACUAUCCAAGAAGCUAACAAACACUUGCAUGCUAUGCAUCUGCAUUCUACCUAUUUAGAAAACAGUCUCCAAGAAUGCAAAGAAAUAAUGCAACAUAAUGAAGAGAGAUACUGUUCUCAAAUACAAAAGCUUCGUAAAGAAAAGGAUGAGAAAAUCAGUGAACUGACAAUUAAAAUGAAAAACACUGAACAAGAAAGACAGAAGCUUGAAGAAAAAUUACAAGAAAAAGAAAAUGAAGUUAGACUUUUGAAAGGACGUUUAUCAGUAGUGAAGCAAAUCUUUCAGUUUCUGCCAGGUUUGAGGAGUUUUCUUGGUGUAAUUGAAAAUGCUAGACAGCUAGUCAAAGAUGAUGGUGCUGAUAAUGAAUGUAUUCCAAAUAACAUUGCAAUAAAAGCAAUGAAUAAGCAGGUGCCAUCAAUAGCUAAACAUAAAAUUCCAAAUGGAAAAUUUAGGAAUUUGUCAAUUUCAGAAGAUUCUGAUGAUGAAGAAUCUAAAGGAAUGAACACAGAAACAAAUGCAAAUCCAGACAUGACUGUGAAAUCUGUCAAAGAAAACAGGUUAAAUGAUUUCAAAACUUCUGAAGUGUUUUUAUAAAAAAUUUCCACUCAUGUUUUGCUGCAUAUGCAUGUAUCAUGUCUAACAACUAUGACACAUUCUUGAUUUAAUUUGCCAUGACAGCUGUGUUAUUUUGGUUAAACUGGAAGUCAUUAUUAUUAUAUAUAUUUUGUUAAAAUGGCAUGAAUGGAAUCUCGUUUGGUACACUUUGAUUUUUAUUUUUAACUGAUGUUGCAUAAUAAUCGGCCUGUUACAUUUUUUUCAAAAUCUAAAUAAGUGUUCACACAGUUAUUAAAGAAUCAUACGGUAUUAUAUUAAAAAUUCUUCCAGAAGGAAAGGUAUUAAACAUUUAUUUGAAGUCAAAGGUUUAAUGAAAAUAAUGAGAAUAAAAGUAUUAUUUGAAAUUAUUUUAAAAUGUAAUCUUUCAAAAAAUGAAUAUUUAUAGGUUUGUAGAACAUUAAAUAGAAAUACAUUUACAAUGUAACCCACUUACAAUGAUGACACUAAUGAAAUCAGUAAAACAUAACAUAAAAAUGGAUUCUGCUUCUAAAAAGGUUCCAUUGUAUUGCUUGAGCACAAAUAUCAAUUAACAAAUUAUUUUUAUUGAAGAUAAACAUUGUGGUUGAAUAUUAUAAUUAAGAGUCCACUUAGAGAAUAUCUUUAAUGUUAACUAUUUUUAGACCUAAAGGCUAAACUUGAGAAAUGUUAUAUAUAUAUUUAGUAUAUACAUGUAUAGGUGGAAGGACUAUUUGUUCUUCUAGUUGGAACAUUAUAAUGAUGGUAUACUUUAAUAAAUUUAAAGAGAUUUUCAAUGAUUGACAUAAUUAGUGCAACAAAUCAUUGUUAGAUCCUUGUAUACGAAGCAUGGAUACUACAUUUAUAUUUCAAUCUGAUUUUGUGUAACUUUGACUCAUAAGUGAUUAAUAAAUCUGGAUGGUUAUUUUAAUUAUCCGCAGAAUUAUUUAUCUUUUUUUAAUAGAAUUUCAACAAAAUUAAAUAGCUAAUUGAACCACAUCCAAUCAUUUCAAAUAAAUUAAGUAAUAUUUACAUACAUGUACUUGUAUAAAUAUACAUACACUCAUUUAUUAUUGAUUACAUACAUUGAAGUCUGCUCAAACAGGUGCUAGGGGCUGUCUUAAACUUGCACUGGGUGAGAGUUUUUGCUCUGUGUUGAAGUACUCAAUGUGACUUUGAGAUGUAGAACAGCAAUAAAAGCGCUGUUACUUUGCUCUUUUUUUUUUUGUUGUGCAUGUAUUGAUUUUGUGUCACUGAUGGAUAGCCCAUAUCCCGUCUUUUUUAUUGUGUACUUUUUAAUCUUGUUUAUUAUGCAUUUAUAUUUUAUGCUUUUGAGAAAUUUGAGAUUUUGAAUUUAUUUAUUUAAAGUUUAUGCAAUUUAUUCUUGUUACUUGAUUGCAUUGUUUUGUACAGAAAAAAAGGUUGUUUACACAUUAUGAAAUGGGUUGUUUCAGAUUUAUUUCAUUGGCUCUGGGAACAGUAUAUCUAACGUCAAUAUAUAUGUUCCUGAUUGGCUAUUCAUUGUAAAAAUACCAUUUUUGACCAAACAAGAUGUAGGUGAAUUUAUUUAUGUUAUGAUAUACAGCAACUUAUAUCUUGUAUCAGUUAUUAUACCUUUUGAUAAUUAUUUAUUAAAAUAUUAGGAUAUA